CAUUUUAUAUAUAAACGACCGCUGCGACAAAUUAUUAUACUUUCCUAAAAGAAUUGGUGUGAUACAGAUCUCAGUAUGAAGGCUUUCUUGUUUUUAUGUAUUGUGAUUUUGGCUUGUGGCGCCAAUGCUCAUAAUGUGCAUUUAUCAUCAGCUCAAAAGGAAAAAGUACAAAAAUACACAGCGGAAUGUGUGAAAGAAUCGGGUGUAAAAUCGGAAAUAAUUGCGGAAGCGAAGAAGGGACAGGUCAGCGAAGAUGAGGGUUUCAAGAAAUUUAUUUUGUGCUUUUUCCAAAAGUCAGGAAUAAUAUCGUCGGAUGGAAAACUUAAUAUGGACGUGGCUCUAUCAAAAUUACCACCGGGUAUUGAUAAGGCGGCUGCUUCUAAGUUACUAGAGGAGUGUAAAAAUAAAAAGGGCAAAGAUCUUGUUGACACUACCUUUGAGAUUUUCAAGUGCUACUAUGUGAACACUAAGCAACAUGUGAUCUUUCUUUAGAAUAUAAAAUGUAACUUAUUUAUGUUAUUGUAAAAAUUAGGUCGAAUUAGGAACAUAUGAAUAAGUAGUAAUUAAAACAUCUGCAUCGUUUAUAUGAAAGAAA